AAGCACUUGGCCGCCUCCACGCUCGGUUGAUUUCUCAAUAAGUCUUCGCCGUGGAACAAUAUGCGCGCUCCAGAGUGGAUGAGCAGCGAAAUGGCGCGUCUGACAUUGAAAUUGGAACGGUAUAAGCCUGUGGGCAGUGGCUACAAUCGCAUCCAGUCCAUACGGCUCUCCAAGAGCGUUACUCAAAUGCUGAACAAUCCGCUGCCCAGCGUGCUGGCUGCAUCCACCGCCCGAUCGCCACAGGAGAGCUCCCGCACAACGCCACGUCAGCGCGGCGUACUUAGUCGCAGCGAUUCCGAGUGGGAGGAGGUGUAUCCUGCCGUCAAGUUGUGUCGCCAGCACAGCACAGAGAGUGCCAGCAGCCUGGACAGUGAGCUCAAGUUCACGCACUACCGGAAUUGCUCAACGCGGAUUCCCUAAAGGAUAAUUAUUACAUUGGUUUUAUUUUUGCGAUAUUUGUGUACUUUUUACUGUGUGCUGCUAUAAGAAAUAAAUUAAAUUAGU